AUGGAAGGAGAAUUAGAUUUAUCAUAUUUGGACGGUGAAGAUAUUGAUGAUGAUGUCGUUGGUGUGAACUUCAAUAUUAUCGCAAUGAUACGUCAACAAUUACAAAUAACAACUUCAUUGGCUGCACUGACAAUGUUAUGCAUUGUUGCACACGCCUUGAGUAUCUUGCGUAUGUACUCGACUGAUUCGAGUAGUGUAAGCAAUUACCUACCGGACAGAGACCGUCGUAGAGAGCAAUUAAUGUCAUAUCUUGUGCAUACUAAUCGGUGUCGCGACAUUAUUAGAAUGGGUCCAGAGGCAUUUCUUACACUUUGUGAGAAACUAAGAUCAACUGGGUUAGUGAAGGAUGCGAUUCGGUCUACUGUGGAGCAACAAGUAGCUCAAUUUCUUCAUAUAAUUGGCCAUAAUGUUAAGAAUCGCAGUGUGGCAUUUUUCUUUCAUCGAUCCGGUUCCACGGUUAGCAAACACUUUCACAAUGUGUUGGAUGCUAUCUUAAGUAUGGAAUCUGAAUUUCUAAUUCAACCCUCAGGAAAUGAGGUUCAUCCAUAUGUGUUGAACAACAAUCGCUUCAACUCGUACUUUAAGGAUUGUUUGGGAGCCAUAGACGGAACUCAUGUUCGUGUAAAGGUCCCAAGAAGUAAUGCUCAAAGAUUUCGAGGAAGAAAAGACUGGCCAACACAAAAUGUGUUUGCGGCGUGUGAUUUUGACAUGAAAUUCACUUACGUUCUUGCUGGGUGGGAAGGAACUGCAUCUGAUUUGAGAAUUUUAAAAAAUGCUCUUGAUCGAGAUGAUCCGUUGGUUAUUCCCCAAGGAAAAUACUACCUCGGUGAUGCAGGAUUCAUGUUGAAAAGCACAGUUUUGACUCCAUAUAGAGGCGUGAGAUAUCACCUUAAAGAAUAUACACGCAGAGGACCACAAAAUGCACGUGAGCUGUUUAAUCAUCGUCAUUCGUCGUUGAGAAAUGUUAUUGAAAGAACCUUUGGUGUGUUGAAAAAACGAUUCCCUAUCAUUGCAAGUGGCACUAAACCACACUAUGGAUUGGAUACAAUGACAGACAUCAUACUAGCAUGUUGUAUCUUACACAACUUCCUUCGUGGCGUGGAUAACGAUGACUCAUUACUUGAAGAAGUUGAUAACGACUUGAAUGAUCGGGAAGACCAUAAUGUUUCAUCAUCUCAAGUCAUAGAAGAGGACCAUAGGAUUGGUAGUAGUAUUAGGGAUUCUAUAGCCGAUGAUAUGUGGUAUAAAAUGAAUAGAGGUAAGGCAGCAUACGUUCAGUCCUCUGCUCCUACUAGAGAGUUUAUUAAGUGGACAGAGGACAUGGAUGCACGUCUUCUACAGUCUAUGAUUGAGGAAUCACGAAUCGGUAAUAGGGUUGACGGAAGCUGGACAUCCCAAGCAUAUAGUAACAUGGUUGAUCAUCCUCAUAGCUGUGGGUAUGUCGCUAUAACAAAAAAUAAUGUGAAAAAUCGUCAGAAAGUCUUGAAAGAUAAAUGGCGCGAGGUACAUGACUUGUUUUCUGGAUUGAGUGGAUUUGCGUGGAACCCGGUUAGUAUGACAUUCCACGCUGAGGACAAAGUUUGGAUGGACCUCAUUCAGUCCAGGCCAACUGCGGCAAAGUGA